AUGGAUAAAUCUGGUUUACCGGCACAGUUGGAUCGUUGUGUUCAGUACAAAUGGGUUUUCACCAAAUUAAAAAAUCCACCUUGUGGAAUUUAUAUAUGGAAAAUAGCUAGCAAUAUUACUAUUGCUUGCGUUGGAUUAUUCAGCAGGUUUCUCCUUAAUUAUAUGAAUAAAAAUGUUUGUUAUAACCAAGAUAAUUUAUUAAAAGUACUUAAGAAAAGAGAAAAGGGUGUGCCUUUAAUUACUGUGUCAAAUCAUCUCUCUUGUUUUGACGAUCCUGGGAUUUGGGGAUGUCUUAAUUUAAGUCAUUUUACCAAUAAAAAUAUGAGAUGGUCGCUCGCUGCUGAUAAUAUAUGUUUUACAAAUAAGUUCUAUUCUUAUUUUUUUAUGCUCGGGAAAUGUGUACCAGUUGUUAGAGGAGCAGGAGUUUAUCAGGAUGCUGUAAACUAUUGUAUAGAGAAGCUUAAACAUGGAGAAUGGUUGCAUAUUUUUCCUGAAGGGAGGGUUAACGUGGACAAGGAAUUGAUACGAUUUAAAUGGGGAAUAGGAAGAAUUAUUUAUGAUCUACCCGUGACUCCUAUUGUUGUACCUAUAUGGCAUAUUGGUAUGGAGGAUAUUUUACCAAAUACACGCCCAUAUUACUUUAGGAUUGGGAAAGUGAUGACUCUAAAUUUUGGACCUCCCAUUGAGGUUUCUGAGCUUGUAAAGCAGUUGAAGUGUGAUAAGGUAAAUCCUGAAAGAGCUAGGCUUAUAAUAACUAGUCAUAUUCAGGAAAACCUGAUGUCAUUGAAAGCACAAACUGAAAAACUUCUUGAAGUAUAA